GGAUUCAGCCUUAUCGAACGAGAAGGCUGUACUUUAAUUUCUCCCCAACAAAUCAUCCUUAAUGCAAACCACUAUACCAGUCACAGCCUCGAUUCUUAUUCCAGACCCAAUUCCCCAUAACGAAUUUCAGCAAAAUGGCUAUCGACGAGAUAAUUACAGACCCCUCCCUCAAACUUGCGCUUGAGACUUCGAAUCAGACGCGAGAACAAGCAAUUGCUCUCCUGGACUUCGUAUCGGCUUCAUCUACAACAUCCCCUCCGUCAAACGAAGUCCUACUCCAGAUUUCUAAACAACAAAAAUUACUCCUUACAUAUCUUGCACAAUUGAGAGGUCUACAUCGUGAUUCUCAUGCCGGUGCACGAGAAACAAAGGCUUUAACCGCGGAAGCGCGUCAAGAAGUAGAUAGGCUGCAUUUACAACUUCAAAAUUUAUAUUACGAACAACGGCAUUUACAAGGGGAAAUCGCUGCUUGCGAAUCAUAUGACCAUAAAUAUCAGCAACUUCCCCUGAUACCAGUCGACGAAUUCCUAGUGCAACAUCCUGAGCACGCUGACGCUGAUGAGAAUGCGCUUAUGAUUGCAAGAAUAGAUCAUGAGCAUCAGGAAAGAUUGAAGUUAGAGGAACAGAGACAGGGACUUUUGAAGAAGAAACAAGGCUUGAUUGCCGAUAAUAAGAAGAGGAAGGAUGAUCUAGCCAAUCUUGACAAAGAUUUGGAAAAGUUUAUCGAUGCUGCGAAACCGAUACAGAAAACUUUCGAGCGUGUGGUAUGAGAGAGUGAAGGAUUGGCAUAUUAACAUUGUGCCUGCUUAUGGUAGAACAUUCCCUCCUUCGCGGAAUCAGGGACGGCCAUUGAGAUGUCGUCAGAAGCUGCGCUCCCAGUAUGGCAACAGAAAUAGGUACCAUCAGCUGAAGAAGCGUACCACGAAUGAGAUUUUGCAGAGGUCGUAGAUAGUGGAGAGCGAUGUCAGGGUUGGCGUUACCUGUGAUUGGACUCGGAUCAAAUACGUAAUUUAAGUGUACGAUGUAAUAUAAGCAUCAAAACCAGAUUUAGAACCUGACCAACAUGCAUUUUGGGACUUUUGGUACUUCGGAGCCACAUUUCAAUUUUUUAAAUGCUAUAUAUUCUUCGGCCCAA